AUGUCUACCAACUCCUCCGAGCGGACGGUAACUGCCUCUCCCGUCUCCGCUCCGGCCACCCAAAACACCCUGUCGAGUGCCCACCACUUCGUUUCCAUUAAGCUAAACGCACGCAACUUUCUUUUCUGGCGAACCCAAUUGGUUCCUUUUCUCCGAGGCCAAGGGCUUUUGGGCUAUGUUGAUGGCGGAACACCGUGCCCACCGGCCACCAUUGACACGGCUCCAACCUCCGGUGACACAGCAGUCAUGCCCGCGACUUCCGGUCCCAAUCCGGCGCACCAAGCUUGGAUGCAACAGGAUCAAUCAAUCCUGUCGCUCCUCAUCUCCUCGCUAUCGGAUGAAGUGAUGUACCUAGCUGUUGGUCGGACAACUUCGAAGGCAGUAUGGGACUCCAUUACUGCUGCUCUUGGCUCGUCGAAGCGUGCUCGGUGCUUAAACCUUUAUCGGCCAAUUUCAUUCGUUGCGGCAAGGAAACCAGUCUCCGGCGGAAUACCUUGGGCGUGCACAACUCAUCGUCGAAGCUCUGGCAUUGGCCGGCCGGCCUCUAUCCCUUGA